AUGAGUUUGCAUUUGCAUUAUAAUUUGAGUGAUGACAUGAUUGCGUUUACAUCGUCAUUUGCCAGUAUACCACCGAGGAAAUCAGCUGAGGACUACCCACAAGCAACUGAAGAGGAGGCCAGCGCUGCCUACGAAGAAUAUAAAGACUUUUUUCGUAAAUACCAUAGCGACCACCCCGGACAAAGUACAGAUUGCUACGAGGAAUACCUCGAGACAAAGCAAGAGAGGCAGUUGGGCGUUAUUGGUUGGGGCAGAACUGUGUGUCGUAGAGACAUUACGGGGUUUGUAGCAGUAAUAUGGAGAGAGAAUGCAUUACGACGUGCGUUGGAGGAAUGUAGAAUAGAACUUAGUAAAGGCGGAGCCGACUCAUAG